AUGUCUUCCCUCAUAAAUAACACGAAGAACCUUUGGAGGAGAUCGAUAAGCACGAAAGACUCUCCCUACGGUAUACAUCUCGCACAUCCAGAUCCAACGAGAUUAGGUCUGAAUCACAUCGUCACGAUUGCAGUAGUAGGGUGUGGCCAGCGAGGAAAGUCUUACGCGAAAUAUGCCUUGAGUUCUCCCGAGAGCUGCAGGAUUGUUGCAAUUGCCGAGCCCCGUCCAAAGACCAGGAAACACUUCGCAGCAUUGCACAAGGUCGACAUUACCCUAGUUUUCAACACCUGGCAAGAGCUUCAUGCGGCAUCUGCUGAAACUAUCAAUACUGUUGGCAAGCGUCUUGCAGAUGCUGUCAUAAUUGCCGUCCAAGAUCACCUUCAUCCUGAAGUCACUGCUGCAUUCGCCGAGCAGGGCUACCAUAUCCUUUGCGAAAAGCCAAUGGCGACGAGUAUUCAAGACUGUAUAAAGAUGCAGACUGCAGUUACAACAGCAGGAAUUAUCUUUGGGAUGGGUCAUGUCAUGCGGUACUCUCCCUAUAGCCGCGAAAUAACGGAGAUCGUCCGAUCUAGUGCUUUGGGUGAAUUGAUCAACGUGGUGCAAGUUGAGCCUGUUGGGCACUACCACUUCGCCCAUUCCUACGUUCGAGGUAAUUGGUCAAAUGAAAAAGAAAGUUCGUUCUCGUUGAUGACCAAGUGUUGCCACGACAUAGACUUAAUUUGCCAUUGGUUUUCUCCGGCAACACCAACAAGGAUAUCUUCCUUUGGCUCAUUGCGGCAUUUCCAUAAGUAUGGGAAGCCGAAGGGAGCAGGAGACGCCGAGCGCUGCUUGCAAUGUCCAAUUGAGAAGGAUUGUGCAUACAGCGCGAAGAAAAUCUAUCUGGACCCUGUCUCCCAUGGUAAUACUGGUUGGCCCGCCGAAACGAUUGUGGACGGCCUGCCAGAUAUCGAGAACGUCACCGAAGCGCUCAACAAUGGAGCCUACGGGCUCUGUGUUUACGAAAGUUCCAAUGAUGUUUGCGACAACCAAGUUGUUAACAUCGAGUUCUCGAAUGGAUCGACCGCAUCCUUCACGAUGGUGGCGUUUACGUUCGCGAUUUGCGAACGCCAGACUCGGAUGCACUUUACUCAAGGAGAAAUUAUCGGCGACAUGAAUUCAUUCACAGUGACAGACUUUCGUACGCGAACAACCAGGGUUCAUCGACCGAAGAACGAGGGAAGUCAUGGAGGAGGAGACCUUGGCCUAAUACGUGCUUUCGUCCAAGCAGUCCGCGAGAAUCGACAAGACUAUCUAGGGACAGAUGUCAACGAAAUCUUGAAGAGCCACCUCACUGUGUUUGCUGCGGAACGUAGCAGGAAGGAAGGAUCAGUUGUAGACUGUUUUGUUUUUGAAGCCGAAGCAAAGAAAGGAGCUUAG